UCCCCGAACCUUCUCCACCUCCUGGGCCCGAGGGACGCGGGCUCCGGCGGGCGAGCAGGGGGGAGGGAGCCGCCCGCGCCCCCUCCGCUCCCCCCGGCCCCUCCACGCCGGGCCGGGCGGCGCGGCCUGAAGCGCCGGUGAUGGCGAGCCCGCCGAUGCACGGGCGCCCCAGGCCGGCGGGCGGCGACGGCCCCAACCUCAACCUCAACCACAAUAACAACAACAACAACAGCGGCGUGCGCAAGUGCGGCUACCUGCGCAAGCAGAAGCACGGCCACAAGCGCUUCUUCGUGCUGCGCGGACCCGGCGCGGGCGGCGACGAGGCGGCGGCGGCGACAGCGGGCGGGGGGCCGGCGCCGCAGCCGCCGCGGCUCGAGUACUACGAGAGCGAGAAGAAGUGGCGGAGCAAAGCGGGCGCCCCGAAGCGGGUCAUCGCGCUCGACUGCUGCCUGAACAUCAACAAGCGCGCCGACGCCAAGCACAAGUACCUGAUCGCCCUCUACACCAAGGACGAGUACUUUGCAGUGGCGGCCGAGAACGAGCAGGAGCAGGAGGGCUGGUACCGCGCGCUCACCGACCUGGUCAGCGAGGGCCGAGCGAGCGCCGGCGACGCGCCCCCCGCCGCCGCCGCCGCCCCCUCCGCGUCCUGCAGCGCCUCCCUGCCCGGCGCCCUGGGCGGCUCGGCCGGCGCCGCCGCCGCCGCCGCGGCCGAUGACAGCUACGGGCUGGUGGCGCCUGCCACGGCCGCCUACCGUGAGGUGUGGCAGGUGAACCUGAAGCCCAAGGGCCUGGGCCAGAGCAAGAACCUGACGGGCGUGUACCGCCUGUGCCUGUCGGCGCGCACCAUCGGCUUCGUGAAGCUCAACUGCGAGCAGCCGUCGGUGACGCUGCAGCUCAUGAACAUCCGCCGCUGCGGCCACUCGGACAGCUUCUUCUUCAUCGAGGUGGGCCGCUCGGCCGUCACGGGCCCCGGUGAGCUGUGGAUGCAGGCAGACGACUCGGUGGUGGCGCAGAACAUCCACGAGACCAUCCUGGAGGCCAUGAAGGCGCUCAAGGAGCUCUUCGAGUUCCGGCCGCGCAGCAAGAGCCAGUCGUCCGGCUCGUCGGCCACGCACCCCAUCAGCGUCCCCGGCGCGCGUCGCCACCACCACCUGGUCAAUCUGCCCCCCAGCCAGACGGGCCUGGUGCGCCGCUCGCGCACCGACAGCUUGGCCGCCACACCGCCGGCCGCCAAGUGCAGCUCGUGCCGGGUGCGCACGGCCAGCGAGGGCGACGGCGGCGUGGCGGCGGGGGCCGGGGCGGCGGGCGGCAGGCCGGUGUCGGUGGCGGGGAGCCCCCUGAGCCCGGGGCCGGUGCGCGCGCCCCUGAGCCGCUCGCACACCCUGAGCGGCGGCUGCGGCGGCCGCGCUAGCAAGGUGACGCUGGCGCCGGCAGGGGGCGCCCUGCAGCACAGCCGCUCCAUGUCCAUGCCCGUGGCGCACUCGCCCCCGGCGGCCGCCACCAGCCCCGGCAGCCUGUCGUCCAGCAGCGGGCACGGCUCGGGCUCCUACCCGCCGCCCCCGGGCCCGCACCCGCACAUGCAGCACCCCCUGCACCCCCAGCGACCCUCCAGCGGCAGCGCCUCGGCCUCGGGCUCCCCCAGCGACCCUGGUUUCAUGUCCCUGGACGAGUACGGCUCGAGCCCUGGGGACCUGAGAGCCUUCUGCAGUCUCAGGAGCAACACGCCCGAGUCCAUCGCCGAGACGCCCCCGGCCAGGGACGGCAGCGCGGGCGAGCUGUACGGGUACAUGACCAUGGACCGGCCCCUGAGCCACUGCGGCCGACCCUACCGCAGAGUCUCCGGGGACGGGGCCCAGGACUUGGACAGGGGCCUGAGGAAGAGGACCUACUCCCUGACCACGCCUGCCCGGCAGCGGCCAGUGCCCCAGCCCUCCUCGGCGUCCCUGGAUGAGUGCACCCUGAUGCGGGCCACCUUCUCCGGCAGCUCAGGCCGCCUCUGCCCGUCGUGCCCCGCGUCCUCCCCCAAAGUGGCCUACCACCCCUACCCCGAGGACUACGGCGACAUCGAGAUCGGGUCGCACAGGAGCUCCAGCAGUAACCUGGGCACGGACGACGGCUACAUGCCCAUGACCCCCGGCGUGGCCCUCACGGGCGGCGGCGGCGGGAGCUGCAAGAGCGACGACUACAUGCCCAUGAGCCCCACCAGCGUGUCCGCCCCGAAGCAGAUCCUGCAGCCGCGCGCCGCCGCCGCGGCCUUGCCCCCCGCGGGAGCCGCGGGGCCCACGCCCGCGUCGGCCGCCGGCAGGGCCUUCCCGGGGAGCGGGGGCGGCUACAAGACCAGCUCCCCGGCCGAGAGCUCCCCCGAGGACAGCGGCUACAUGCGCAUGUGGUGCGGCGGCUCCAAGCUGGCGGUGGAGAGCGCCGCCGACGGCAGGCUGCUUCCAAACGGGGACUACCUCAACAUGUCCCCCGGCGACGCGGGCGCCUCGGGCACCCCGCCCGACUUCUUCUCGGCCGCCCUGCACGGCGGCGGCGGCGGCGGCGGGGAGAUGCUCCGGGGCGUCCCCGGCUACUGCUACAGCUCCCUGCCCCGCUCCUACAAGGCCCCCUACGCCUGCAACGGGGACGGCGACCAGUACGUGCUCAUGAGCUCCCCCGUGGGGCGCAUCCUGGAGGAGGAGCGGCUGGAGUCGACGGCCGGCCCGGGGUCCACGCAGCCAGCCGGCGCCUUCGCGGCCGGGGCCGGAGGCGGCGGCGGCCACCCGCAGCCACCCCACGCGGCGGUGCCUUCGCCCGCGAGGCCCGGCGGCGGUGGCAGCGGCCGCCCGGAGGGCUUCCUGGGCCAGCGCUGCCGGGCCGCGCGGCCCACGCGCCUGUCCCUGGAGGGGCUGCAGACCCUGCCGCGCAUGCACGAGUACCCGCUGCCGCCCGAGCCCAAGAGCCCGGGCGAGUACAUCAACAUCGACUUCGGCGAGGCGGGCGCGCGCCUGUCGCCGCCCGCGCCCCCGCUGCUGGCCUCGGCCGCCUCGUCGUCGUCGCUGCUGUCCGCCGGCAGCCCGGCCUCGUCGCUGGGCUCGGGCACCCCGGGCACCAGCGGCGACAGCCGGCAGCGCUCCCCGCUCUCCGACUACAUGAACCUCGACUUCAGCUCGCCCAAGUCACCCCAGCCGGGCGGCCAGGCCGGGGACCCCGUGGGCUCCCUGGACGCCCUCCUGUCCCCCGAGGCCUCCGCGUACCCGCCGCUGCCCCCGCGCCCCGCCGCCCCCUCCUCGGCCCUGCAGCCGCCGCCGCCGCCGCCGCCCCCGCCCGGAGAGCUGUACCGCCUGCCUCCGGCACCGCCCUCCCAGGGCCCUGGCGCGGCCUCCUCUCCGUCCUCGGGGGCGGGCGACAGCGGCGACUACACCGAGAUGGCCUUCGGCGUGGCUGCCACGCCGCCGCAACCGAUCGCCGCGCCCCCGAAGCCCGACGGGGCCCGCGUGAGCAGCCUCGUGUCCGGCCUGAAGAGGCUGAGCCUCAUGGACCAGGUGUCGGGGGUCGAGGCCUUCCUGCAGGCUAGCCAGCCCCCAGACCCGCACCGCGGCGCCAAGGUCAUCCGCGCGGACCCGCAAGGGGGCCGCCGCCGCCACAGCUCGGAGACCUUCUCCUCGACCACCACUGUGACCCCCGUGUCCCCGUCCUUCGCCCACAACCCCAAGCGCCACAACUCGGCCUCGGUGGAGAAUGUGUCUCUCAGGAAAAGUGGCGAAGGGGGCGGCGGCAGCGUCCUGGGUGGCGGCGACGAGCCCCCCACGUCCCCCCGCCAGUUGCCGCCGCCGCUCCCCCCGCAGGCGCGGCCCUGGACGCCGAGCCAGCCCGGGGGUUUGGUCGGCUGCCCCGGGGGCAGUGGCUCGCCGAUGCGCCGGGAGACCUCUGCCGGCUUCCAGAACGGCCUCAACUACAUCGCCAUCGACGUGAGGGACGAGCCGGGGCUGUUGCCGCCCCCGCAGCCGCCGCAGCAUCCUCAGAUGGGAGACAAGAGCGCCUGGGGCCGGACCCGGAGCCUCGGGGGUCUCAUCGGCGCGGUAGGGGCCGGCAGCACCGGCGGCGUGUGUGUGGGGCCCGGCCCUGGCGCCCUGCCCUCCGCCAGCACCUACGCCAGCCUCGACUUCUUGACGCAUCACCUGAAAGAGGCGACGGUCGUGAAAGAGUGAAGAUCUGUCUGGCUUUAUCCCCGUGACGACACACAUCAGAGAAAAACAUGAAAAGAAGAUGCUCCGCAUUUUUUUUAAAUCUGAAGCUGCUCACAAUUUCCUUUUGAAUCUGAGCGAUUACCGUGUGUGGACGCAUCUGGAUUAGACGUGGAACCACCUCUAUCCCUCGUUCCCACAGGGGGGCAUUCAUCCUUGUGCUGGUUGUGUUGUGUUUUGUUUUUCGACAAAAUUAGCGGAAGGAGUGAUUCACAAGAAAAUUGGACGUUUUCAUCGGCCUUUUCCGUUGUGGCCAGUGUCUUAAUUUCUCCUUAACUUUCAUUUUGGCAAAGCAGAUAUAUCCCUCAGCAUGCUAGGAGAUUCUACCAAUUCGCAUUAAAGUGGUAAAAUCUGGUAUUUACUGGCAUCCUCUCAAAACUACCACCGUCCUACCUCAGUUCCAGGUGAAGCCAGAUCGGCGUGGUCAGGGGCCGGCAGGACCCCUGGGUACCUCUGCCCUGGGUCCCCAGCGUGGUCACCUGCCUUAUCAAACAGGCCCGGUACACAGCUGCUUGCCAGAUUCCAACCCAGGUACCUGCGUGUUUACUCACAGACAGAGCCCAGUGUGGGACUGACGUUUCCCAACGGAGAUGAAAUUUGAGAUUGGACUUUGAAGAUGGAUGGAUAAAUAAUAAUUAUUAUAUGUAACUGAAGCAACCUACUUUGGAAAACCAUCAACUGUAUUGGGGGAUGAGGGGUGGGAGGGGCAGGGUCUGGGAAGGGGGUGAGUAUCUCUUUUUACCUUUAACAGACUUGUUUAAUCUUCUCUCUGUAGAUGUUUAUGUAGGUACUUCAAAUUGCAAACGCCUUUGAUCCUAUGUACAAGCUCAAACGUCUCUGCUAUCCUUAAUCUUGAGCUUGCAUUUCUCUAACCAAAAAUUCACAUAGGCAUGCUAGCGGUUCAAGACUGGUCAAGGGUUUGGCAGAUUUCUUUUAAAAUGUAUUAUCUUUACUAUGAUGAUAUCGUGUCUGGCAACGAGGCUGCCCUGAACAACAACACCACACACACACACACAGACACAAAAAAAAAAAAAAAAGGGAAAGGAACUGAUAAAAGAGGCAUUCUGGCCCCUGUGUUAUUAAUAGACAAAGAAGAAGAAAAACAAUCUUACAGUACAUGUCACUUGUGAAAAAAAUUCCCGACAAGGCUACCCCUAUUUUACAUGUUUUCAGUGUGCUGAAAAUAUCAGGGUGGUGGCAGUUAUCGCGGGUGUCAGGGAAAACUGCUGCCCUUGACCUGCAGGAUGUCACGUCAUCUCUCUGCUGCCUUGACACCUUGGGGGAGCUCUAGAGUCUCCCUCCUGUGGCUGGGUCCCCAGUGCCUCUUUGAGAGUCCUGUAGAUGUUACACGAAUUCAUUGGAGAUACGAGUUGGGUUUUUUUUUUUUUGUGGGGGGGGGGGGAGAAAAAUAUAUAUAAAUAUAUAGAUAGAUAUCACUA